UUUUCGUGGGAAAGGUGUGCUGGUUACCUGAGGGGCUGGGGGAGCAAGAGCAUCCUCACACUGGGCGCAGAAAACAAUAGAUUUAAUCGUCCACUACACGCAUUUCAUGCACAGGCGCGUUCCUGUGCAUCCGCUGUGUGUGUUUUGUCUGCAGCGGGAGGGGAUGCCAGGGCUGGGGCUGCAGACAUUCUCACUGGCUAGUGUCUUAGGGGCUGCCCACGUAAUCUUAAGAGUUUUGCCUGGGUGACCAGCUCCUCUGCCCUGGAGACUGACGGCUCCCUCUGGGGAAAAAUGCUUGGAGGCCAGCCACGGCCUUUGAAGCUGACUCAGGGUAGCUGAUCAGCUGGUGCUGGGGUUGGAGGAAUGGAGGACUUUAGCUCUUUUACCCUUUCGCUCCUGGAUUCCCAGUCCUGCCCCACACUCCCUGGCCCUCUCACACUACGCCACCCCACUCGGCAGGGUAGACACCCCAGGCAGGCCUAGUGUGAGAGCCAUGGCACGAUUCCUAGAUACUGCUGUAGGCCUCGCAGGCCAUUUCUGUCUGGGUAGUCCAGAGUUAAACAGGGGUUACCACUGUGUGAACCGUGUCAGUAAUCAACAAGAACGGAGGCUUUUUGUGCAUGGAAUUCUCCAAGAACCAAGAGCCCGAAACCUGUUUUUGUUGAUUCCUAGGACGAUGACCUGAACAAAUUCAGUUUCCUGAAGGUGCCAAGCUCUCCUGAUGAAAUGUGUUCUGCCCCACUGGGCUCUGGGGGCAGUGUCCGGUGCUGUUGAUGCCCUUGUUCGAACUUUCCAGAAUGGAUAGUCCUCCAAAGCUGACUGGAGAGACCCUCAUCGUCCACCACAUCCCCUUGGUGCACUGUCAAGUCCCAGACAGGCAGUGCUGUGGAGGGGCAAGUGGAAGCGGUGGGGGCACAAGAGCCAACCCCUUCUGCCCACCCGAGUUGGGCAUCACCCAGCCUGAUCAAGACCUCGGACAAGCUGACUCCCUGCUGUACAGCAGUCUGCACUCUGCUCCGGGGGGAUCUGCACGGUCUGCAGACAGCACCAAGAGUAGCGGUCGGGAUGGAAGAGGCCCCGGGGCCCCUAAACGACAUAAUCCCUUCUUAUUGCAGGAGGGUGUGGCUGAGCCAGGCCUCGGUGACCUCUAUGACGACAGCAUUGGCGGUGGUACCACCCAGCAGUCCUUCCACCUGCACGGAACCGGCCAGCCCACCUUCCAUCUAUCCUCUUUCCAGUUGCCACCACCUGGCCCCAGAGUGGGCAGACCAUGGGGGGCAGCACGUAGCCGGGCCGGAGUGGUGGAGGGGCAGGAGCAGGAGCCGGUGACCACCUUGGAUGCCCAGCAAUGCAGCACCGGCCACUGUUGCCGGCCAGAGCUGGAAGCAGAGACCAUGGAGCUGGAUGAGUGUGGGGGACCUGGGGGCAGCGGCAGUGGGGGUGGCGCCAGUGAUACCUCUGGCUUUUCCUUUGACCAGGAAUGGAAGCUCAGCUCAGAUGAGUCCCCGAGGAAUCCCAGAUGCUCAGGCUCAGGAGCCCAGCACUGCCGCUGCAGUAGCACAUCGAGCCAGUCUGAGGCGGCCGACCAGUCCAUGGGCUAUGUGAGCGACUCGUCCUGCAACAGCUCAGACGGCGUGCUGGUCACCUUCAGCACCCUCUACAACAAGAUGCAUGGCAACUCCCGUGCCAAUCUCAACUCUGCCCCACAGUCUUGCAGCGACUCUUCCUUCUGCAGCCACUCAGACCCUGGAGCCUUCUACCUGGACCUGCAGCCCUCCCCAGCUGAGUCCAAGAUGUCCUGUGAGUCCCAUCACCCUGACAGUGGAGAAAGGGAAGGAGGCUAUGGUUGCCCUCACGCCUCCUCUCCCGAGCUUGAUGCCAACUGCAACUCCUACCGCCCGCACUGUGAGCCCUGCCCAGCGGUGGCUGACCUCACAGCCUGCUUCCAGAGCCAGGCCCGCCUUGUUGUGGCCACACAGAAUUACUAUAAACUUGUCACCUGUGACCUGUCCUCCCAAUCAUCGCCGAGCCCAGCUGGCUCUUCCAUUACCAGCUGCUCCGAGGAACACACCAAGAUAAGUCCCACACCAGGCCCCGGCGCAGACAUGGGCCCUGACCCAGACCCAGGCCCCGGCCAGCCCUCUGAGUAUUACCUGUUCCAGAAGCCAGAAAUCCAGCCGGAGGAGCAAGAAGCAGUGGGUUCCUCAGCGGAAGUGGCCGCUCCUGUGAGCCCUACUGUGAUUGAGGGGCAAGUGUACACUAAUACUUCACCCCCCAACCUUAGCACCGGACGUCAGCGCUCUCGAAGCUACGACCGCAGCCUUGAGCGCAGCCCCCCGGUACGCCUGGGCUCACUGGAACGCAUGUUGAGUUGCCCAGUGCGCCUGAGUGAGGGCCCUGCAGCCCUGGCUGGGCCCAGCUCCCCACCCAGGCGGGUCACCUCCUUUGCUGAGCUUGCCAAGGGCCGGAAGAAAGCUGUAGGCUCUGGCUCCCCCCCACUUCGAGUGAGUGUUGGGGACUCCUCCCAGGAGUUCUCACCCAUCCAAGAAGCCCAACAGGAUAAGGCGGGCACGCUGGAUGAGGGCACUCAUUGUAGCCAUAGCCUUCCACCCAUGCCCUUGGGGCCAGGCAUGGACCUAGUUGGCCCAGAGUCCUGGUCUACCCAGGUCUGUCAGAGCCCCCAGUCCAGUGAGAUGCCACCUUCUGGUGUCAGAACUGCUGGACAUCAUGCCCAGCUGAUGGAUCCAGGGCCUGCUCUCCCAGGGAGCCCAGCCAACAGCCAUACCCAGAGGGAUGCAAGAGCUAGAGCUGACGGGGGUGGUGCUGAGAGCCGGCCAGUCCUUCGCUACAGCAAGGAGCAGAGACCAACCACGCUGCCCAUCCAGCCCUUCGUGUUCCAGCACCACUUCCCCAAGCAGUUGAGCAAGGCGCGCGCCCUCCACAGCCUUUCCCAGCUCUACAGCCUCUCGGGCUGCAGCCGUGCACAGCAGCCUGCCUCCCUGGCUGCCCAAAUCACAGCCCCAGCUCCUUCGGGGGAAUCGGCGGCAUCCGCCAACAGGGGUGCCAGGAAAGCUGGGCCCGAGCCAGAAACCUCACGGCCAUCGCCUCUGGGCAGCUACUCCCCCAUCCGGAGUGCUGGCCCCUUUGGGCCCAGCACCGACUCUUCGGCUUCCACUUCCUGUUCCCCUCCCGCAGAGCAGGCCACAGCCACAAAAAGUUCACCCCCGUGGAGCCAUUCCUGUCCUGCUGUCCGAACUGCCACCUCCCAGCAGCCACAGAAGGAGGAUCAGAAGAUACUGACCUUGGCUGAAUACCGGCUCCAUGGAACAGGAAGCUUGCCCCCCCUGGGCUCCUGGAGAUCUAACCUCAGCCGAGCCGAGAGCCUGGGCCGGGGAGGGGGUGAGGGCAGCAUGGCCUCCAGACCCAGUAAUGCCAACCACCUAUCCCCUCAAGCACUCAAGUGGCGGGAAUACAGGAGGAAGAACCCCCUGGGGCCACCUGGUUUGUCAGGGAGCCUCGACCGAAGGCCACAGGAAGCUCGGCUGGCACGAAGGAACCCCAUCUUCGAGUUCCCCGGCUCCCUUAGUGCUGCUGGCCACCCGAACUGCCGGCUGAACGGCCAAGUAGUGAAGCCAUUACCGCUGACCUGUCCAGACUUUCAGGACCCCUUUUCUUUGACUGAGAAGCCUCCAGCUGAGUUUUGUCUGUCGCCAGAUGGCAGCUCAGAAGCCAUUUCCAUCGACCUGCUUCAGAAAAAAGGACUGGUGAAAGCAGUUAACACCGCUGUGGACCUCAUCGUGGCCCAUUUUGGCACCAGCCGGGAUCCUGGGGUGAAGGCAAAACUGGGCAACAGUUCUGUGAGCCCCAAUGUAGGCCACCUGGUCCUGAAGUACCUGUGCCCUGCGGUCCGGGCUGUGCUGGAGGAUGGGCUCAAGGCUUUUGUGCUCGACGUCAUUAUCGGGCAACGGAAGAACAUGCCGUGGAGUGUGGUGGAGGCCUCCACACAGCUCGGUCCCUCCACCAAGGUCCUGCAUGGCCUCUACAACAAAGUCAGCCAGUUCCCAGAGCUCACCAGUCACACCAUGCGCUUCAACGCCUUCAUCCUCGGCCUGCUCAACAUCCGGUCCCUGGAAUUCUGGUUUAAUCACCUCUAUAACCAUGAAGAUAUUAUCCAGACCCACUACCAGCCGUGGGGCUUCCUGAGUGCAGCACACACCGUGUGCCCUGGUCUCUUCGAGGAGCUGCUGCUGCUGCUCCAGCCCCUGGCCCUGCUGCCCUUCAGCCUCGACCUGCUGUUCCAGCACCGGCUGCUGCAGAGCGGGCAGCAGCAGCGGCAGCAUAAGGAGCUGCUGCGGGUGUCCCAGGACCUGCUGCUAUCUGCCCACUCGACGCUGCAGCUGACCCGGGCCCGGGGCCAGGAGGGCCCUGGAGAGAUGGACAGGGCAGCCCAUGGCGAGCGGGUGAAGGGUGUGGGAGCCCCAGAAGGCGGAGAAGACGAGGAAGAGGAAGAGACAGAAGAGGUGGCAGAGGUAGCUGGGGCCUCAGGACGUGGCAGGUGGGCCCGAGGCGGGCAGGCCGGCUGGUGGUACCAGCUCAUGCAGAGCUCCCAGGUCUACAUCGAUGGCUCCGCUGAGGGCUCUAGGUUCCCCCGUGGUGGCAGCAGUAGCAGCAGUGGCAGCAGCAGUGAGAAGAAAAAGGGGGGAGGAGGUGGGGGGCCACCUCCCCGAGAGGGAGUAGUGGAAGGAGCAGAAGCCUGCCCUGCCCCUGAGGAGACGCUUGGCCGGGACCGGGGCUGGCCCUUCUGGAUGGGGAGCCCCCCCGACUCUGUGCUGGCUGAACUGAGGCGCAGUCGGGAGAGAGAGGGGCCCGCUGCGCCCCCGGCAGAAAAUGAAGAAGGCGCCUCAGAGCCUUCACCUGGGGGCAUCAAGUGGGGACACCUCUUUGGGUCCCGGAAGGCUCAACGGGAGGCCCGACCCACCAACAGGCUACCCUCGGACUGGCUGAGCCUGGACAAGUCCAUGUUCCAACGAGUGGCGCAAACAGUGGGUGCCCGCCGGGAGCCGGAGCCCAGGGAGAGCCCGCAGGGGCCCCCCUCUCCAGGCCUGCCCUCCAAGCCUCCGUGCGAGGUGAAGGCGCUCUGCCACCACCUGGCCACAGGCCCCGGGCAGCUGAGCUUCCGCAAGGGAGAUAUCCUCCGGGUGCUGGGGCCAGCGGGAGGAGACUGGCUGCGCUGCAGCCGCGGCCCUGACACCGGCCUGGUGCCUCUGGCCUACGUGACCUUGACCCCAACUCCAAGUUCAACCCCUGGAAGCAGCCAAAACUGAGGCCUUGUGCAUGCUGGUGGCCUCAGGGACCCUCAUUACCCCCACAGACUCAGCCUGAGAGCCCUUCGCAAGCCCUGGGCUUGGCUACAGAGAACAGACUGAGAACUGGGGGCCACGUAUCCCUGUGCUCAGUAUUAAUUACUCCCCCUUAACUGUUCCAGUGACCUCAUCCAGACCUCCACCCAGGAAAGGGGGGCGGGGAUGCAGCACUGGGCUGCCCAGGACGCCCCUGGCCCACGGGGGCCAGCAUUUCCAUGGGUACAGACAAGCGUGUCCCUGUGGAGUGAGGUGACCAGAGGCCCGUUUGCAGGGUCUCCUAGGCCAGAUGGCGAGAAGGAUGGGUGACAGUAUUGGGGCCAGAUUCCGAAGCCCCCAGCUGUAAAUAGGCCGUGACCAGUGCCUGGUGGUCAAAAGAGGGAGGAGGAGCCCAGGCUUCUGUUUAUGUAUUUAUUUAUUUAUUUAUUACACCUAUUAAUAAAAAAGGUGCUUGGCCUCCAAACCACUUUCUCUUUGUGCCUCCCCUCAUCCCCCAGCCCAAGUGGAUGGCUGGAGAAGAUGAAAAGGGAAAAGAGAACUUGAAGUCCGGGUGUCCCUACACCAGGAGCUGCUUCUGCAGGGUGCUCAGGCCCAGAGCAUCUUGGGUGAGAUACCCGUACGUGCGGCCAAACUGGAACUUAUACCCUGCGUGGCGAAGAGAGUCUCAUUUGUGGCCAGCGGCGUGACAAAGCCAUUUACCUGUCAGCCAGUUGCCUAGACCCGCCAAGCUGCCUUCUAAAAUCGGGUCUUACUCUCCACUCUGAGCUCCCUCAGUUCCCUCUCUGCCCAGAGGUAAAGCUGAACCAUGCGAUCUGAAGUUCCCCCCAGAGCUGUCGUCCCAACUUCUAAGCCACCUCCACUCCACCCAUCGCCACCUCACAAAUCUUUGUCCCAAAGCCGCUCUCUGGGCCUCUCCUCACCUGGCACAUAGCCCCCGUAGUGAGGUAUAAGGCCCAGGUCCGGAGGGUAGCUCCUGGGAAGUGGGGGGAGAUGUUUGGGAUCCUUUGGGGAACUGCCCUGUGAGUGCAUCUGUCCAAAUUCCUGCAGGGCCUGGUUGGUGAGCACAGGAAAGCUGGAGCCAAAGAGGAAGCGGGCCCGGGGCACAUAACCAGUGAAGCCUGUGGGGAUGGGAUGCUGAGUCCAGACGUCCUGAGGGGCCCCCCUGCCUCUGGCCAUUUGCCCCUCCUCUCUCUCACCUGACAUGAAGAACUUUUGAGGAUCUUUGUCAUCCAUGGAAUAGGGGGAAGCCUUGUGGAGGGAAGUUGGUAGUAGAAAAACGGGACUAUCAGAGUCCGCCCCUGCGCUCUCCACAAGCACCCCGGGCAGUGGAGCUGGCUGGCCAGCCCGCCUCCCCGGUACCCACAGCCAUGCUACCCGUGGCCACCCCGGGCCUG